GCUCUGGCUGCAAGACCGCGACGCGCCACAGUUCCCUCGGUGGCACGGGCCUGUCCGCCAGCCUGCUUCUGUGUCUGUGAACCACGCUCCUGACUCCGUUUUAUACAUCUUUGUUUUUCCAUUUUUAAUUCGUCCGCUGUAUAUAGCAUUUUAGUUUUUUUUACACUUGAACCUGAGAACCAUGAAAUAGUGCAGAUUAUGAGGUAGAAAAGUGCGGCCGUAAUAGAAGUGUAGUGUUCGCUUACUGCUCGCGAAGACUCUAGGAGGACCUCUGUGUUUCACCUGUGUCGUUGAAGGCGGACGGGGAGGACAGAGCCACAAUGAAGGGCAGUCGAACACUUCUACUAUUGCUGGGAUGUCUCGCCUUAACACAGUCUCAGUCAUACGACCAGAAUGCGCUGGACUCCUCGGCCCUCCCAGUCGAGCACCGGGGAGGAGACAGCUACGGGCCCCCGCUGGCGGGCCCUCAGUUGGGCGGACCUCAGAUCGGUGGGGUCCCCGGGGUACCAAAUGACCCCUGGCCCCUCACCCAGCCUGACAUGCCGACCAUCAAAAACCUACAGGUUCAGUGCGAGAAGUCAUUCAUGCGAGUCUCGGUGGAGUUCGACCGCCCCUUCUACGGCAUGAUCUUCAGCAAAGGCUACUACAGCGACCCCAACUGCGUGUACGUGCAGCCCGGAACAGGAAACCUGCAGACGCAGUUCAGCAUCAACCUGAACAGCUGUGGAAUGACCUCCUCGUCCAGCACUGCCAACUACGGCCAGCCAACUCCUUCGGGAACCUUCAUCGAGAACACGAUUAUCAUUCAGUACGACCCUCUUGUUCAGGAGGUCUGGGACGCUGCCAGGAAGCUCCGCUGCACCUGGUACGACUACUAUGAGAAGUCCGUCACCUUCAGGCCCUUCCAGGUGGACAUGCUGAACGCCGUGACGGCCAACUUCCUGGGCGACAACCUCCAGUGCUGGAUGCAGAUCCAGGUCGGCAAGGGCCCCUGGGCCUCUGAGGUCUCCGGCAUCGUCAAGAUCGGCCAGACGAUGACCAUGGUGCUGGCCAUCAAGGACGACGAGAACAAGUUCGACAUGAUGGUGCGCAACUGCGUGGCGCACGACGGCAAGCGGGCGCCCAUCCAGCUGGUCGACGAGCGCGGAUGCGUCACGCGACCCAAGAUCAUGGGCCGCUUCCAGAAGGUCAAGAACUUCGGCUCCUCCGCCUCCGUCGUGUCCUACGCCUACUUCCAGGCCUUCAAGUUCCCCGACAGCAUGAACGUGCACUUCCAGUGCGUCAUCCAGGUCUGCCGCUACAGCUGCCCCGAGCCGCAGUGCGACGGCGGAGUCCCCCCUCCGGCCCUCGGCUACCAGGCGGCAGGCAGCGAGCAGAUCCCCGUGGGGCUGCCCGAUCCACGCCGCCCCAACGUCGACCUUUCGGGCAACGUCGCUCCCCCGCAGAGCGCCCAGCGCAAGUCCGGCGACGACGAAGGCAUCCUGCUCGACUCGGAAUCCGGCGAGAUCCCGGUGCCCGUCAGCAUCCCCAUCCAGGAGGAGCGCCUCAACUUCCCCGCCCGCAAGUACCCCAACGUUAACCGCCAGGGCACGCCCAUGGACAGCGCCGGGCGCCCUCGGUCCAUCAACUUGGACGAGGAGGAGGAGGACUUCGAGAACGAGGAGGGCGAGGAGCGUGUGAGGCGGUCGGCCGUCCUGCACGUGUACCGCCGCGCCGCGCAGGAGAUGACGGACGUGUCGACGGCGCGCGUGAUCCAGGUGGUCGCCCCCGGGGACGUCGCCUUCAACCUGAACUCAGCCAACGAGACCGUGGUCGUGUCGGAGCCGGUCGACGACGCCUCCAACAUCUGCAUGUCGGCCACGGGCUUCGCCGCGGGCCUGGUCAUGCUGCUGCUGGUCCUCACCAUCGCCUGCCUGGUCGCCUGCUUCCUGUACACGCGCGUGCGGACUUUCAACGCCAAGGGCGGUGUCACCACCUUCGUGCAGGGCUUUGACAACCCCGAGUUCGUGAAGGUGGCAGGUGGCAACUAAGCCGCCGGUCGCCUGAAACUCUGCACUGUGCCAUAACGCCGCCCUGACGCCAGGAGUCAGUUGUUUCGCUGGUGCCCACGCGUUCCUCGUCAUUGUUACUUCACUGUCAGCCACGGCGCUGACGCCUCGACCUUCGCCGUCGCGCCACACGGCCGGCUGCGGCGAGGGUCUCCACUAGGGUGGUGACGGCCUCUCCUACACUCCCCUUCCUGGCCUCCCUUUCCGGAAUACUCCCUCAAGACCUCUGAAAGAUUCCUUCCGCCAGAGCAGUGCGUCUCCGCGAAGGGUCCGUCUCCCCGACGCACGGCAGCCUCCAAGCCCUGUCGCAUCCCUGCACGCCCAGCAGCCACAGCUUUACUACAGUUACCAAUCAAUAACUAGAGCGCCUGUCACGUACAGUGGUAGCCUCAGCCUGCUGGAAACCUGGAGUCCUUUCAACUCGAGACACACUGCCCGCCCGCCGCUCUGCUCUGGCUCAAACUCCUUUCGAUCUUCGUACAUUGUUACUGUUUUAUAUUUUUUUAUAUAUAUUUUUUGUUUUCAUUUGUGUCUCUUUUCUUUUGAUGCUUAACAAUUUAAGUUAGCAAUGUUAUUAACUUAUGGAAUUAGCUGGUCUUAUUCCACGUAACUUAUGACCUAUUUAAGAAACUUUUUUUUGCAUUAUAGCACACACUGAUUUUCCUCGGAUCAAGUUUUUUUUCUUUUUUUUUGACGAAUUGCCAGGAAAAUGAGUGACGAGUGAUUUACAUUAUUUUCCCCUCACAUGACUAGAUUUUGGUAGAGCCAUAUUUUCAACCAUUUUACGUACUUGUAUUUUUUUUUUCUCGAGAGCACCAAAUAUAUUUAAUUGGAUGUUAAACCUGAAAUACCGAGUGUAAUUCUGUAUGCAUGGAUUGCACUGUACUAUUUGGCAUUUGUACUGAGUAUUAGUUAGUAGCGCGUGUGUGUGAUUUUUAGUAAUUUUCCUGUCUGUUUUCCUCACGUUUUGAAGUCAAAGAACCAAACUUCACUUGGAUGUGGAGGCGAGUCGGACCCGAAUGCUUUCAUGAAGGUCGGCUCACUUUGGGUAUUUUUCAUUAUUUAUUGUAAAUAUUUAAUGAUAUUUAUUAGUUCAAUGUAAUAUUUAUUUGUAAAUCUGUAAUAAAGUAAUGAAAAUA